AUGUCGCCGUCCGGAGACGGAGCCAUCAAUGGUGGAUGUUGCUGCUCUUGUUCUCCCGGCGAUAAUGGUGGUUAUGAUGGAGCCAAUAAUUUCGGUAUCUCCGCAUCGCAAGACGAGACAUGCAUGCAUUGCCCGAGGUCUGAACCUUCAUCAUGUUCUUCCUCUGAGCUCGGUUUUGAUUCGGUCCUGUUAACUAAUUCCGAGAGGUUGCGUAGAAUUUUCGUCGCUUCAGCUAAAGGCUUCUCAAUUGGAGCUGGCCUGCAAGGUGGCUUAGCUAUCUUCUCCAUUCUCGCACGCUUGCGGCGCAAGAAACCAAAGAAAGUUGAGGCGUUUUCUGAUAAAGAAGCAAUUUCUAUGGCGAUUAAGGAGACACUGAGAUACGGUAUUUUUCUUGGUACUUUUGCUGGUACAUUUGUUUACGUAGAUGAAACCGUUGCUGCUUGCGGAGGAAAUCACAGGCAAUGCUCUUAA